GAGAGAGAGAGAGAGAGAGAGAGAGAGAGGAUGAGGUUGACAGAUUGAGACAGGAGAUCGAGAGAAGAGAUGGUACCAGACGAGAGAGAGAGAUCGAUGAAGUGACGCCGACGUUGUCGCCGAUAGAGCUGAGGUAGGGAGAGACGAAUCGAUAGAGUAGUUCAGGUCGAGAGAGAGAUACGCUUACGUCAGAGGAAGAAAGAAAGAAGAAGACUGAGAGAGAGUCGUGUGAGUGAGGUGAGGGUACGGGAAAAUAAAAUUGAGGGUACACCGCAAGCAGUCUCACCAUGAAAACGAAAAAACAGAAGGAAUAAAAGCAGCCCUAAGUCACCCGUCGUCGUUUUGAGUUCCUCUGUGAGUGGAAACCGAGCAAACGUCGCGCAGGAACGAACCACAAGCGUUCGACCAUGUCUAUGGAAGUCACCAAUACAAACCUAAUCACCGACCUACAGUCCCUGGUCGACUCCCUCCGGCACCGAGUUCAGGAACUAGAGGCUGAGAAUGCCAAGUUUUCAUCUCAACUUGCAAACUGUCGCUGUCAUGAGAAAGAGGACAAGCGUGAUAGUUCUGCUGUAAGUUGUGAUAGUUCACUGGAGACAAGCAGGAAAUCAAACUCUGGAAGUAAGAAAACCACCAAGGAGAUAGUAAAAGAGAAAGUGCCAGGUUAUGACACAAGGAUCAUGAAUCACCACUGCAAAAGAUAUGUUGCUCUGAAAGUCAUGUAUUUUGGGCGGAGGUUUUAUGGUUUUGCUGCAGAGGCACAAAUGGAUCCAACUAUUGAGUCUGAAAUUUUUAAAGCUCUUGAAAAGACAAGGCUUUUAGUUGGUGACAAGAAGGAAUCACAUUACUCCAGAUGUGGUAGGACAGACAAGGGAGUAUCUGCUGUUGGGCAAGUGAUUGCUCUCUAUUUACGAUCAAACCUCAAGGAAACGUGUGAGAAAAAUGAAGAUUCGAGAAAAAUGGUUUUCAAAGAGCAAUAUGAAGGCGAAAUCGAUUAUGUGAGGGUGUUGAAUCGAGCCCUUCCGGAUGAUAUUCGAGUUUUUGGCUGGUGUCCUGUUCCAUUGGGUUUCAAUGCGAGGUUUAGCUGUUUGGGCAGGGAGUAUUAUUAUUUAUUUUGGGGAGAAAAUCUGAAUCUCUUGGCUAUGGAGAGUGCUGGUAGGAAAUUUGUUGGCGAGCAUGACUUCAGAAACUUCUGUAAAAUGGAUGCACUAAAUGUACACAACUAUAGGCGGAAAGUCACUUCAUUUGCAAUCUCUCCUUGUGAUGUGAGGUUUGAUGAGAACCAGCUUUGGGCAAUCAAAAUUAAAGGUAGUGCUUUCCUCUGGCACCAAGUCCGAUGCAUGGUUGCUGUACUAUUCUUGAUUGGCCAAGGUCAUGAAUCUCCUGAUGUAAUAGAUGCGUUACUGGAUACUGACAGAAUCCCCAGAAAACCUCAAUACAGCAUGGCCCCGGAAAUCCCAUUGGUUCUUCAGUCUUGUGAAUUUGAGGGUCUCAAUUUCACUUGUUCGUCAGAUUCUGGGCAAGCUUUGCGUAUGCACUUGGCAAAUGAAUGUCAAAAUUAUCAUCUCGAAGCUGCAAUCUUCCACGAGGCUCUGCAGAGCUGUUCGCCAAUAGAAAAAGAUCAGAGAUCCUUGGAUAAUGGAACAGUCAAGAAAAAAUCUUCCCAUGUCCCUCUCAUGUCACGGCCAACUGAGCCAUCGUAUGAAGAGAGACGUGCCAAAUUAAACACACGACGUAAAGACUGAAGAGUUUAUUAAUAUUAUAUCUGGAGAUUACACAAGUAUAGCAGAUUCUACCAUUGAACUGUAGUAUGUUGUAUUGAUAAAUUGUUUGUUUCAUUUUCAUAAAUGCUGCCCCAACGAUUUUGUUGUCGAUGUAAUUUUCUUACUAGCGGUUUUUUUCAUUACUUUGUCUGUUAGUGGAAAUGAAUUUAACACAAUGAGCUUUUGAUUAUUCUACCUACCUGGGAGUAUAACAAGCCUUUUUUUUAGAUUAAACCGCUACAAGCCUUUGCUACUUGGAA